AUGGCAUCUUCUAUUGAAGUCGGAGGCUCGUGGUCAACGAAUGAAGAUAUUGCAUUGUGUCAAUCUUGGGUGAACAUUAGUCAUGACCCUAUCACGGGUAAUGAAAUGAAGUUUCAUCACAUGUGGAGCAAAAUUCAUGGAGAAUUUUGUCAAAGAUCGGGUUCGAUUCGGACCGAAAUGGCGUUGUCUAGUAGAUGGAAACUUCUUAAUAAAGAGUUAGGGAAAUGGAGGAAUGCCUUGACAAAAGCAAAGGCGAACAUUCAAAGCGGUCAAAAUUUGACCGAUGAGCCCUUGCUUGCCCUUGCCCUAGACUUUGCCCUUGUGGGUGGAGAUGCUCUUAGAGUGUUUAAGAAGUUUGUGACAACAGGAUGGUAUCUCUUUUUGCUCUCAGUACCCAAUCUUCUAGCAUGGGACUGA